AAAGCAGCUUUCUCUUUGCAAAGCUUUUCCUUCCUGCGCGGUCGAAGCCGAUCCGACGCUGUCUCCUCCUCCACCUGCUGGCGAGCGAAAGCGGGGCGUGGCUUAAUCCGCAUCCCUGUCCAACCCGAACGCCGCUUUCCUUCUCGUCGCGUGCUCCACCCUCUCCGACCGGAGUGGGAACUUGUCAGCCCGAUGGCUCCGGGCUCCUCCUGCCUCCCAGCAACCCGCAUCCUAAGAGCUGCUGCGACUUAACAAUCAACGCCGGAUACAGGGGAAAGGGGAGGAAGAAGGGCUGGGACAGCGGAGCGAGGAAACCUCACAUAUAUCCCUUCUUUGCGCUGAUUUCCAGAUCGCGUUGAAGCGGAGGCGGAGGGAACGGGCGCAGCUUGACACGCGCGCGCCACCCGCAGACCCUGAGCCGGACCAGAAGGAGAACCUUGGCGUCUCCCGGCAGCUCUUCGGCCGAUCUCCGGCGUCCCUUGGCUUCGUUGCAGAGAUUUUCGUUUUCCUCCCUUACUGGUUGUUGUUGUUUUUCCCCCACUCCACUUCCGAAACCAUCCAUCUCUUUCAUUUGAUUUAUUGAUUUUCCUCCUCCUCCUCCUCCCCCCAUGAAAAUGGCUCUGAAAUACGUCAAGAGUCGGAAAGGCAGGGAUCAGCUGCUUCACGAAGGGUACCUGUAUCGGAAGGAGCGAGAGAGCAAGAGCAAGAUGGUCUGGAAAUGCGCCGACUACCACAAGUCCCGUUGCCCCGGGAGGGUCCACACGCACCACGGCAAGCUGGUCCACUCCUUGCCACACGAUCACCCUCCUCCUGCCAAGACAGCCGGCACGGAUGCCGAGAUGCGUGGCACGAAGGAAAGGCCCUCCUCUAGCCAAGAGCCCGUCCGCAAAGGGUCCGUGCCAGGCUGCCAGGCGUCGGCAGGGGUGCCCGCUUCCCGCAAGCCACGCACCCAGAACGAUCCAAAGCUCACCAUCCAGCUCUUGAGGGCGCGUCUGAACGCAGCACGCCAAGUCGUGUCGGACUUGCAGCAGGGAUCUUCUUCUGUAGUUGAGACAGUUCCUGUAGAUCCGUCUUUGCCAGCUUCUCUGGACUUGCCUGAGCGCUCAGGUGCAUUUGAGAACGCAAGAUCCAAGGCUGCCCCUGCUCUGGGCAACGGAACAAAUGCAUCCCAUUUGUUUGCAACCCGGUCCAGUCGGGAAGCCGCUCGCCAGAGGUUCCGCUUGGGCCCUGUCCCCCCUGCAGAAGCCCCCCAGGAGAUUCUGUCCUGGCUGAGCGAGGCAGCUGAGCGAUGGCUGUGUCCUCAGCAGCACAGCAAGGACCAGAUUGUGGACAUGGUCGUCCUGGAACAGUUCCUGAACGUGCUUCCGGGCAACUUGCAGGCGUGUGUGAGAGCCAGGGAGCCAGGCAGCAGCAAGGAUGCUCUUCAGCUGGUCGAGAGCUAUUUGAGGGAAGAGGAGCCAGCUGACGCUGUUCAGGACCUGGUAACCUUUGAAGAUGUAUCUGUGCGUUUCACGGAGGAAGAAUGGGCUCUGCUGGGCCACAAAGAGAAAACCCUUUACUGGAAUGUCAUGCAGGAGAAUUACGAUAACGUGGCCUGGAUGAGUGAGGGGACCGAUAGCAAAAGCAGAGAAGAGGAUCCUUGGCUGGAAGUGCGCGAAUCGGUGGCGAUGGGAAAAUCCAAGAAGGCUAUUUUGCAGAGUCCUGAACAAGACUUGCUAAGGCAGAGCUGCCUGGAGAGGCAGCAAAAAACCAACUCAGGAAGAGAAAGAGAAAAGGAUGUUCUCUGUUGGAAGAGUUUGCAAAAACUAGACAGUGACAUGGUUCACCUAGAGAUGGAGACAUGUGCUGAUUGUGAGGACUGGGGCGAAUCCUUAUCAGCAUUAAUCAAUACUCAAGAAAGUCCCAGCAAGGAAAGUUCUGAGUCUAUGACUCAAUCUGGGAAGUCACAUGAAUUAUCUGAGAAGAAAAUCCUCCAGAAUCUUCAGGGAAACUUAAUCAAAGAGGACCAGAGCAGUUUGCUGGGGCAACAGGCAAGCCAAGAGAGAUCUAGUCUUCUUAGAAACAGCUUGAGGGACCCACUUCAUCUUGACUCUAGGCCAUGUACUGAUUCUGCAGAACUGGAGGAAUCACUAAGACUUGGCAGCAAUCAGAAAAUCCACAGCAGGGAAGAUCCUGACUGUGUGGCACUGGAAAUGUCUGUGGAAGAGAUUUCUCAGACUUCUGCCAAGCAAGACCUGCAGUCCAAGCCUAUGCAGCUUUGCUCAAACCUGAUUCUUGCCGAAGUGAACGAGACAGCAUACUCACAGCACAAACUUGCACAUGUUUGCUCAGAAGUAAGUACCACUGAGGCCAGUGGGGCUCACUCCCAGGGAAGUGGGUGUAGGAUUUCAGAUUCAAUCAGCGAGGAUCAGAACGUUCUGGAGAGCCAUCGCGCCAGCAUCUCAGGAAAUGAUGACGGACAGGAGAAAUGCCUUCUCUAUGGAAAUGGUCUGAGAGAUCUGUCCAAAGACAUGCUUCAGCUAGAUGCUGAACCAGGACCAGAGAACCAGAAUAUCCGCACUGGUUGUGGGGGUCAAGAUCAGUGCUCAAAGCACAUUGUUAGCGGGGAAAUGGCUCAGAGGAAAGACCUAUAUAAAAGUCACAAGUCCAAUAGGCAGUUCACCCAAAAUUCAGGUCCUGCUGGCCACACUAGCCGUUCCGAUUCAGAGCAAGUUGCUGCCGACGCCGUGGAGAUAAAGUCUGCAGUCUCCCGCUUGCACAACUCAGUCACUGCCAUCCACAGCGCCCUCGGGAGUCUCUCUGGGUGUUCGGACGAGGCUGAGCUCAGGAUUUCCGACUUGGAGGACACCUCCCGAAAUACAAAGGCCCAGCUUGUGAAGCAGUGUAACGAUAUUAAAGCUAUCGAGGCCAAACUGAUUGGGAAAGCCAUCCAGACCAAUGUCAUUGCAGGGUUGUGGUCGUCGCUGAGGGGUCAGAGAGAGGCAGCCUCCCUUCAUCAGCCCCCUAACUAA